GCUCCCGAAAGCCGGCUGAGGCGGCUGCAACAUGGCGGACGUGCUGAGUGUUGGGGUGAACCUGGAGGCAUUUUCACAGGCCAUCAAUGCCAUCCAGGCGCUGCGCUCCAGCGUGAGUAGGGUGUUCGAUUGCCUUAAGGAUGGCAUGCGCAACAAGGAGACGCUGGAGGGCCGCGAGAAGGCCUUCAUCGCGCACUUCCAGGACAACUUGCAUUCGGUCAACCGGGACCUCAAUGAGCUGGAACGUCUGAGCAAUCUGGUAGGCAAGCCGUCUGAGAACCACCCUCUUCACAACAGCGGGCUGUUAAGCCUGGAUCCUGUGCAGGACAAAACUCCACUCUACAGCCAGCUGCUGCAAGCAUACAAAUGGUCCAACAAGCUGCAGUACCACGCAGGUCUUGCAUCUGGCCUUUUGAAUCAGCAAUCCUUGAAGCGCUCUGCAAAUCAGAUGGGUGUGUCAGCCAAGCGGAGACCCAAGGCCCAGCCAACCACUCUGGUUCUACCACCUCAGUAA